AUGAGUUCAUCUACAAAAUCUGAAGAUAAUGGUGUUCAAACAAGAACAACAACUGAGCCAGAGCCACCUUUGAUUCAAGGAGUGGAAUUGAUAAGACAAGGCGAACCAAGACAUGUUUUAACAACAUGGUGGUUGCUAGCUAAUGGAGGGCCAAUCGAAUGGGGUAACACCUUGAUUCAAUCAAAACUUGUCCCGGUCGUCUAUGGGAUCUCAGUCGUAACUACCUCAAUGGAACUUUACCUCCCCCAAUGGGCUACUAUGCGUUUGGUUGACCUCAUUCUGGCUUCAAAUGAAUUAUCUGGCCCACUGCCUGUUGGACUUGGAAAACUUACAAACUUGACUAAUAUGUUCCUUUAA